AUGCCUGGAUUUUGUUGUUCAAAGCUUAGUGUCCCCGACUCCCUGAUGGACGUUUAUGCAAAUUUUGGCCUUUUGGGUUAUAUUAUGUUGCUGAUAGAGGUUAAACAAGACAACUUAAAGUCUAUUAGGAUCAGAUUGAUAGGUUAUAAAGACAUGCAUACAAGUUAUAAGUACAUGCAUGGUAUUGUCUUUUAUUGGUUCAGGAAGGAAGGCUCCCAUGACAAUUUAUGCCUCGGAAGGCUUCAUGGAUUCUUUGGAAAACUAAAGGCCUCAUCCACUAUGUAA